CAACAACUACCAUUAUCCUCCUUUCUUCCUCCCCUUCUGAUUUCUCGGUUGGUAUUUCUUACCUACAUCACCUCUUUGUUUCCGCCCGAGUCAUCAUUGCUUUCUUCUCAUAUUUACCAAUCACCGGUACUCACCUUUACGCUGUAUGCGCCGCGUCGGCAGAUUAUCUAGUCGCAUUCUAAGCCCGGUGCUUGCACCGUGAAUUUCCCCUUCCCCUGCGUAGACAAACCCAACCAGUUCCCCUUUUGCUUUACAAAUUCGAUCUUUCAAACCUCGUCCUUCCUUCCAUCUGGCCGGCUCAGUCGGCCAUUGAACCAGUCGUAAUGGCUCAGUCGACCGAUCACCUCGUCGAUCAGAUCGCCCAGCUCAACGCCGCCCGAAACCUCGUCCUUGGCGAUGCUGCCUUCUACCCACAGAUCGUGAACGGUGUUCUUCCGUUAAUUGGCGCAAGUACACGCCUGGAGUUGCGACGAUGGGGAUCGGAGUUCCUGGCCGAGACGUUUGCCAUUGGCCCGAACGUGCUGCAGACAUUACGAGAGAUAUUGGAAUUGCCGGAAAAGGAUCCCAUGGUUUUGAAACAUAUAGUGCAGAAUGCGGCCAGUUUGUAUCCGCUGGUGUUUAGGCAUAUGUAGGUGGCUGAUGCUUGCUCUGUUUCGCCCCCCUCCUCGGGAGAGCUCUCGUAGAUUGCUGCAUGGUGCUGCAAUGUGAUUUAGAGCACCCAUUGGGCUUCGCAG